AUCCUUGCCUUCAAGGCUGGUCGUGCUUUUCGACGCGCUGGAACCAAUUUCGUCGAUGCAUCCCCCACCAAAGGCGCGAUUGUCUUGACCAAUGAAGACGGAUACAUACACUUCAUGUGGAAAGACCGAACGACAGGGGAAGUGGGCGAAGAUCUAAUAUUGUUUCCUGGUGAUGCAAAGCUGGAAAAAGUUCCCCAAAGCAGUUGGGGCAGAACCUAUGUCCUUAAAUUCGAGAGCUCCGAUCAAAAACAUUUCUUCUGGCUCCAGGAUUCGUCAACACGUCGUGAUGAGGAAUUCGUGACGAAUUUGAACAGAACGUUAGCUGAUCCCAACAUUAUUGCUAUCUGGGACGCGCGCAACGUUUACCCAGCGUCGGAAGCCUCUACAUCUGCUACUAGUACAUCCACCUCUUCAACUGUUAAUUCCACGCCAGCGGGUACUACCCCAGAACAGCUUGCACAGCUUCGUGGUAUUGUUAGCUCGAUGACCGGCUUCGCGAGUGAAGAUGAACUUUGGUUGACAGAUGUCUUGUCCUCACAAAAUUUGCUUCAGCUUUUUCAAUCACACCCUGAACUCCUCCCAUCACUCUUUCCUCAUCUUCCACCUGAACUUAUCCCAUCGUCAGACGCUACACCCCAGCAGGCAGUAGAAAUAUUACAGCGCACGACUAACUCUCCACCUUUCCGCCUUGCUGUAGCACAGCUUGAUCGGGCGCUUCGCACGGGCGCACUUGGUGAAUUUGUGAGGAGCCUUGGUCUUCCUGAGAGUGCUGCGAUGGGUGUUGGCGCGUUCCUAGCUGCUAUCGCUGAACAAGCAAGACAGGAAGGCGGUACUGAAGAGCGGAUGGAAGAGGAUUAGGGAGUGUGUAAGUGUCGAUCGGACUAUUCUUUUAUGCACCACUGUCCUUUCAAGUGCGGGGGGUUGCUUAGUGUUCAUGUACAAGCUUAUACAUUUGUCACGUUAUUCGUUCCGCACGACUUCUUUGCAGGAAACUACAAUGCAACGGAUGUACAUAUGCCUUGACGAGUUGGAUUCAUGCACGGAAGCUAAUAUGAGUGUUUUCUAUUACAGCAGACGAUCACCAACAGCGACAUUGUUCUGGGGCAAGACGUUUAGUCCCAGGAUACGUGGCAUAAAGCACGGGCUGAUUCACUAAAUGGCUUCUUUGAUGUGUCUUUUAUCAUUCAGUGACAUACCGCCGAAUGUGAUCUACAUGAGCGACAAGCAGUUUGCGAUCAUUUUUGCAAUAUCGUCUUUCAAACUGAAAAACUGCUACUGCUAGUUUUUCAUCUACCCAGCUCUGUGCGCAGGUUAUUGCAGUGUUUGCGAGCACACGGAAAUA